AUGCAAAAUGAGUUCAAAAAAGUGCCUCUCAGCUCUAGCAGAGACUUCAGUUGGGUUUUCCUGAUAGACUGGAUUCUGAUUCUUUGCGUGUGUCUUCUGGCCGCAUUCUAUUUCGGAAGGGCUUUUGGAUUCACUACCACUGCAUUACUCGAAUGGUUCGUUUGGAGACGUUACGCCGUAAAAAUUCAGAUACAGUCACUAAAGAUAUCUUUCCUCGGCGGACGUAUAUUUUUCAAAAACCUCACCAUCAUCACGCAGAAUCAGACAAUUUCCUUUCUAAACGGUAGUUUGACGUGGCGGUAUUGGAUCUUCAGCUCGAGACAAACACCGUUCGAGCGACAACAAAACGGUGUUUCCGCUGACGACUCCAGAUUGUGUAGGUUCAAGCUGGAAUGCCAAGGUCUGGAACAUUUCAUCUACAACAGGACGCAGGUUUUCAGUCAUCUGUGGCAGUCUUUGCCCAAGACCGAACAAGCGCGGUUCAAACAAUUUGAAGGAUUUGGUGAAGACGAUCAGAAAUCGUUCCACAAUACGUCGUCAUCAUCUUCAUCCUCUUAUUUGGAUUCUUCAAAUGCCAACUCAGAUUCGACUGUGGAACCUGCCCUUGAGCCAUUGCCCUCUCUGCCUGCAUUUUUAAACUUUUUACCGCUAGAAAUUGCCGUGCAUAAGGGCGCUGUAGUGGUUGGUAACAAAAAUACUUCUUCCAUCUUGGUUGUAAGCUAUGAUCGAUUGGGUGGAAUCGUGGAUGCGGGAGAGGCAAAUUCACGUCUCGAUCUUUUCAAGUUGCAGACAAGAAACGAAUUCGACAAUUUUUGCAUCCGUCUAAAACCUAAUCUAGGUUUUCAAGUGGAAGCACCUUCGAAGCAUGCAGUGAAAUCUGAAAAAAUUUCUAGGGCGUGGCAUAAAGGGCUUGAUCUCUUGUUGUCUCUUACUGGUAGCACAUUUAAAGAGAUAUAUCAUGGGAAAGAAGGCGCCUUUCAAGCAUUGCAAAAUCCAUUCGAAGAUUGGAGAGGCCUGGCAUUAUACCGCAAAGAGGAUGACACGGCGUGGGAUGAUACAUUCAAAUUUGACGUCUCAAAGCAUCAAUAUGCUAGGUACAGUAAGAUCAUGAAGUGUGAAAAGUUCGUUCUUGAGUAUUCGUUUGACGUUCCAGGCGUCACGCCGCGAACUUUAUCAACAACAGGAGAAUCUCCGAGCAAGACGGAAGUUGAUGGCGUUGGAUUGGAUCAACCGCCUGACUUCUCCGUGGACAUGCAGGUGUUUGGAGGAACAAUACAUUAUGGCCCAUGGGCCCACCAUGAAACAAUGCCCUUACAAAAAAUGUUUUCCCCAAUUGUUUCGAGGGACAGCCAACCACCGCGGGCCGCAAAAGCUGGUAUGACACGAACGUAUAAAAAGGCAAAAAUAUCAGUCACUAUAAUGAGCUCCACCAUAUGGCGUAUACCAACAAGGGAGCCCAGUAAAGAUUUGGAAUUUUUAAAAAGAUACCGAGAAACACAAGACGAUUCAAGACCCUUCGGCUGGCUGGAAAUUUCUCUUGCUAGCGAUUCUGAAGUGACUUUUGAUUUCGCGAUGACUCCAGAUUCAUCUGGUUUUGACAAUCUGUUGCACCUGCAUCUUAUGAAACCUGAAGUAAGAACUAGUGUUAAUCACGACAUUUUGUUCAGUGCUAACGUGCACGACAUUCAUGCUGAAAUCGGAUACCCACUGGGGUGGAAUGAGUUGGCUACUUGGAGCUUUUUUCUCACUUCAACCCAAGCGCAGCUUUUUAUUUUGAAAGAUCACGUAAACUUACUCGCUGAUCUGGUUUCAGAUUUUGGAUCGGGCGAAGCUCUUUCUUAUGAUCUCUUUCGCCCGUUCGUCUACAAAUUUAAUUGGGAGUUUGAGGGAUAUUCUAUUUAUUUGAAUGUUAACGACGCUAACAUCGUGAACAACCCUGUGGAUUUCAACGAAAACUGUUAUCUUUCGUUUCAUGGUGAUGACCUUCAAAUUGACUUUAGUGUGCCACUUACUAGCAUUGCUGGAACUAGCACUACCAUAGACUACAAGUUGUCGACCUCAUUAUUCCGACUUCGUAUUAACACACCUUCAUGGAACACUCUUCACGAGUUUAUGAAAGACCAGGAAGUUGGAAGAUCUCAUGAUUUUACCAUUGAAGGUUCCUACUUGACGCAUUCAAAACUAGAUGUGGACAAUAUUGACACAAUCCUGAUAAAUUGCCACAGCAGGGAUACGACUCUGAAGUGCUAUGGUUUUGUCAUAAGAUUUCUAGUAGGAGUGAAAAUGAACUAUUUUGGCGAUUUUGUCCAUUUCAAAACGACCGAAGAAUACAUGGAAGAACUCAAAGGUGGAGAAGUAGGGGUAAACACAGCUUCGGCAGCAGUGGAAGAUUUCAUGCAAGUUAUCAAUCCGGAUGUCGGGAAAACUUUAGAGUCACCGCACGUACUUCCAGCAGAGGUAUCUGCUCAACGAAAGUUUUCUCUUAAGCGGCUUAUUAAUGAGAAGGAUGUUUGGUUCACUUUUAUAGUGGACAGCGGAUGCAUAGUAGUGCCAGAUCACGUAUACGACUGCGAGAACUGUUUUGUUUUUGAAUUUGACUCACUCAGCAUUGAUAUACGCGAUCUAAAUUACUACAUGGACUUACAGACUGCAUUAUCCCCUAUCAAAGUAACGAGACUUAUAGAUUGUGAUUCUAACACAGUUUUCAACCGCACGCGGCAUGAAAAUACGGGACAAGUACCUGACGGAAUUCUUUCGGACCUACAAAUACAUGCACAUCGGCUGUAUGGGCUACCACCGAACGAAGAAACAUACGUAUGCAAGUGGGAUUUUUCUAUCCACCAAGUCGAAAUGUCAUCGGAUCUCCUUUUCCCGUUGCAACUUGCAGCCGCCGCUGAGAAAUUUGCUUUCGGUUUUAAGGAUUUCGAAAAUAUUAUGAACUACAAGCUCGAGGACAUUUUUGAUUUGACUUCCGUCACUUUAAUGGUUGGGUCAAUUGACUUAACGGUAAGCAUUUCAACCGAACAUGACAUAGUGGUGCGUUCAAAAGAUUUGUUAGGAACAAUCGUAGACCUAGAAAAUGAUUCUUAUACUUGCAGAACUGAUUUAGAGGUGCCUACCCUCUCCAUUAUGAUAUUAGAAAACGGGAGCGAAACUCGAACUGUCGCUAUCUUCGAGUCUUCGCUUACAAUUACGAAUUUCGCUCAAUCUGAAAAUUUCCCAUUGCAUACGCGCCGGCAGAAAGCACAUAUUGCCGCCAACGAUGCACCUUUUCAUCGUUGCCCAUUUUUACUACCACGGGCUAUUCAAAAUUCAGAAGUCUACAGUGAGCUAUUAGGUUGUAUACCGCCUGGCAUGUCAAUACCGUCCUUAACGAAGCCCCUGAGUGCUGAAAACUGUGAUGAGUUCCUAAACAGGUUUUUGGAAGGUGAAGACGCCACGAAUGUUACUGGGCCUUUGAGUACGAGGGAUCGGCAAAAAGAUGCCAUAGGUGCUCGCGAUCGGAAUCAUCCCCAUUUAUUCUCGCCCGCAAAAGAAAGUUUUGAAAACGAUGUGUCUCCCAAAUUCAAUGUCACCAGUACGAUAGUGAAUUUAAGACAGGCGGGACUGCGGCUGGACCCAGUAUGCUUCCUCUUGAUCGGGGAUUUAAUGAGGAUACUUUUUUCAAAUUCAGUUGAUCAGAUAAUUGAUAAUAGCGAAAUUGACACUGUUUACCACUUUCUCAAACGAAAUCUCGGGAUGAAAGCAUUCAAGAAUUCAAAGCUAUUCUGUCCUGACUUUAAAGUAAUACUUGGUGAGCUUUGCAGCAAAAUUAACCAUCCAACGCGAUUAGAGCUUUCAGUGAAAGGUAUAAACGUGGACGGAAGCACCAAAGUCGACUUUAAGGAAGACAAGGAAUUAACGGAAUUAGAAAAUGACGAGAGAAGCUCAGCCUACCUCAAAUGCAGCUCAGCGAGCAUCGGCUUUCUUGGUGGUUCCCAAAGUAGCCGAAAAUCAAACGACGAAUUCCUCUUAUUCUCAUCUAUCAAAGGAAUUGAGGCUUGGUUUUCAUCGCAUGACUGCGGCGUCAUUUCGGUUAGUAUUCAGUCAAGUGAUACUUCCAUAAACCCGGAUACAGUAGAUGAAUUGUGGCUAUGUUUUCAAAAGCUUCAGCACGAUUUUAACCUCUUACAAACCGCCUCUUCUCAGUAUAUCAAUUUGAAGAGGAAUGCUCGAAAGGAAUUUUUUUACCAGGUUGCAAGGGCCAGUGAAGAAUACCAAAUUGUCCAUGAUCCCCCUGUUAUUACGAAACCUGCUUAUAUUACUAGACUUCCAGAUCAGCACGUCAGGGAAGAUCGGACUUGGAAAAUUAUUACAAGAUUGCGUCACAUCUUAAACUAUCUUCCAACGGCACUUAUAUCCGAAAUUUAUGAUAACAUUAAAAAGUCUGACUUUAAAGCGCCGGACAAUGCCGGCGAAAUAUUUCUCAACGUUUUUUCCAAGUGGAGAAGUUGGGAGUUUUCUGACUUGGAGAAGGGUUUAUUUUACGAACACUCGUUUACUGACAAAGGAUCGAUCGGAGUGGAUUUAGAGAAUGCUGAAUUGCGUUUCAACGUCGAUAGAUUCUCGUUGACGUUAUCUAGUAGUAUCGAUGAGGACGGUGAUACUAUCGCCUUAAAAAAUUUCCGAGCUUUCAAAUCCUCCUCACAGAAGACCUCUCACGACCAGCCGAAUCCUAAUGAUGAGCUUGAAAUGGAGGAAAAAGCGCAGGUUAUCACAGCAUCGGUUAAACUGGUCAAGAUUUCCGCCAGUGAAUCAACAUUGAAGCUGGCUUUAUCAAAAGAUGUUUUUCCAGCUUCACAGCAAAGCAACUCAGCACAGCAUAAUGGAGUUAAAAUUUCGGACUUUCUACAGAUUGUUUUGUUGAUAGAUCGUUGUGAGUUUCAGGUUAUCUCAGGAACGACCAAAUUGAACUUCAAAUCUUUCGGAAACAGCCUGGCCCUUGCUUCAUCUGGAGGACAUCAAGAUUUCAAUCUUACGACAAAUUGGUCAUGGCUUGAAUUGGGACUGCGGCAUGAGGACGCAAUUCUCUUGGACGUAUUUUCUCGGCACGGAUCUGUUGGCACGCUGCUUUCACUGGAUAGCGAAGAUACGCCUCACCUGGUUGAUUUUCAAUCUAGAAGCUUACGGAUCAAAUUGCCUUCUCCAUCUGCUGCGUACUGUGAUUUCGUCAAACCAGAAGGUCCGCUCGGUGAUCUCUUAGGGUCUAAAUUCUGUCACCAAAACGAACCACGAUCCCCACCCUCUAAUCUUGCAAAAUCUGCUACUUUGAAAUUGAAAUCACAGAUCUACGUUGAAGACCUUUCUUUCGACGUUUCUGCUAUAUCACCGUUUGUCAUCUCGCAACGCGUGCAAACUUUGAAUCUAAAAUUAGACAUGUUAUCGGAGAAAGCUCUUCGGCUAGCCUUUGAUGGCAUCGAUGUCUCGGUGGGAAUGGUGACGGACGCUGAUCAAUAUGUGAAAUUCUCUCAAUCUAAGUUCGACCUCAAACUAAGCGAGGCUAUUUCACCUUCAACAAAGAGUUACUCGCUUUCCAUGGAAUCCGAUAUUUCGAAGAUCAAGCUUUGUGCGCCUGAAAAAUUGGUGCAUAUUGUAGUGGAUGGGUUCAAUGCCGCCAAAAGAAGUUUAAGCGAGCUGGUCCAGAGUCUCAAAGGGUUGCAAUCAAUUGGAAGUCGGAUGCCUCUUGCAGAGGAAACUCCUGUGGCACAGAGCUUGCCCGUGGAAUAUUCCAUUUCUUUGAGAGCGAAGUACGCCGGUUUCCUCCUUCCAUUGCAGUCGACGAACUACGUUUGCGAGCUAAACGAAUUUUUUUCCACAGUUUCAGGUCGAGGUAAUGCUCUUGAAAGUUCUAGUGUACUCAAGCAAUAUGUUCAAGGAACUCUUUCGAUAACUAGCAUCACAUUUUUGGUGAACGAUAUUGCGUUACCCGAAAAGCUGUCCAAACUUCUUGACCUUGGAGUCAGUGUGAAAGUGGAUCAAGAGCCAGAUACUAUUCGGUCUCUAGAAAUAGAAAGUUCACACUUUAGGUUAGCUCUUUGCCCAAUGUCCCUCAUCAAGCUUCUGGCUUUGGGCCAAGUGUCAUCAAAGCUAAGUACCAGAUUCUCUCAGAAGGGAUCGAAAAAGAUAGCGGAACCAGAGACUUUAACAGAGGUCUUCAACAUGCUGGGCAAUAUUAAGUCAAUCCAUUUCUUAUCGUACAAUUUAUGUUUGGGUUGGAUAUUUGAUAUUGAAGACGCAACUCAUCCGGGCCUCAUAUGGGGAUACCAAAGACUUUUCGCCGCGCAUGAGUGGCCAUUCGGAAAGCUGACGGUCUUAGAUGCGUACGUUUCGGUCGCGAGAGGUUAUAGCUCCAGCGACUUCUACGCCCGUGAAAGUGAACUUCACAAGCCGAACAGAAGUUUUCUUCCCAGUACGCAGCUUGGAUAUUGGUUCGAAGGUGACGACUCAGCUAAAGAAUUAUUCGUUAGAAUCAACGGGGAACAGCUUGAUGUGAGCUUUUUGUCAAAGUCGGUAUUAGUGGCAGAGGGAAUGUUGAAAUCGCUUCAGGCGUUCGAGGAACUGAAAACUGUACACUUAAGCUCUUACUUAGCGCUAAAUGAAACAAUGAAAACCGCAAAUACUCCAAAAGGCGUACAGUUCCCGGGCUUUUCGCGUUUAAAGAGGUUGAACUGCAGAGCACGUUACGCGGGUGGCAUCUUCAAGCUUUACUCGGAGAAGGAUCUUGCGUUAGGUCUUCAUCCUUCCUUUCAAGUGGAGAGCCCGUCGGUCGAAGUGGUCGUCGAUUACAAGUUCAAUCCUCAUGGCGAGCCCUACCACGUUGUAAGAUCUUUUGUACAUGUUGAAAAGUCCCACAAUGCUAUCUACCCUUCGUGUGUUCCCAUUUUAGGAGAAGUAAUGCGAGACAGCAGUGGCGUCAUGAAAAGUUUCAGCACAAGCCCGGUUUCUGUUCAAAGGGCCCAGGUGCAAGAGAGCGUGAAUUACAAAAGCCUGUUAAGAGAUGUUGACGCAUCUUUCCAAGUUCACUUCGAAGAGCAGUCAAUUACGUUGAGCUGCGAACCUAAAGCUAAAGUUCAAGCUGACGUCGGAUUUGAAAACCUGGUGAUAAAUAUAUUCACGAACAGUUUAGAUCAUUCGAGGUCGCUAAGUUUAGCUCUUGAUAUCAGGAAUGUAACGGCCACCUCCAGACACAUUUUCUCGAGAGAAAUCAGCACGUCUAUUAAAAUCGAUCAUUCGACAGUUGUUUUCCUCCUGACCCAUCCGGAUGUCAUAACCACUUAUGGCGUCAUACUUGUCCCUAAUAUCGACGUCUAUUUCAACUUUAAGCAACUUCAGGAUCUCAACGUUUUCAUCAACAUCUGGAAAGUGGACAGCAAAGUUCUCUUCCAGCCGGAAUCUGACGGUAAUCGAACGAAUCGUGUGACAGAAAACUUUCUGGCUGCGAAGCACGAAAAACUGGCUUCGACCAGCUCACUUCCUUGGAGUUUUGUUACAAUAAUUUCGAAAGUUAAGGGCAAAAUUGAUCUUGGUGUCUCUCUGGGAAUCUUGAGUUUAUCUACGGAGACUCUAUGGACUGUCGCAGAUCACUACAGUGACUGGACCCAAAAGCUUUAUUUCCAGAUCGAAAAAGCCGCGCUUUCUUCAGAUGGGAGGUUAGGUGGUAACGUCUUAUUGCGGAAUUUCAAUUGGAUUUCAGGAAUCAGUUGGCCAAUUAGUGAUAGCGUAUUCCAAAAUCCUCUGAUAGCCCUCGAUGUAGCGUUCUCAGAAUUCGCAGUCAAAUUGUCAUUUGACUACCACCUCAUUUUGAUUGCUAAUCUGGAACAAUUCAAAAUAAUGUUAUUCAACAAGAGAGAAAACGAUGGUUUGCUCAAAGACUUUAUGUCGGUUGCAUUGAUUUGUGGGAGUACUAACAUCUUUGCGACAGCGUUGGCUGCCGCCAAUAUUCUGGAUGUUUACAAUACCAUACUGAGGAUGCGGAAAGAAAACAAGAAAUCCUAUUCAGAGACUUUGGGUGACUCAAACACAAGAGACACAGGGCGUACAAGAACCAGUCGUGAAAUUUUGGAUUCACUAAGUUUUUUGAGGACCGACCUGGAGGUCAAAAUGGACUUUAUCAAUACUCAGAUUUUUCCGAAUACGUUGUUCGACACGGAAGUUUUGACAUUCAGGGCUUCUGAUCUUGUGACAAGAUCUCAAAUCGAAGGCAAUGAGAAGCUCAAGUGUCAGCUUAAUUGGCAAGUUCAUGAUGUCAAAUUUGCCCUCUCCACCUACAAACAUCAGUUGAACGAAAAAGUGGCAUCGCAGAUCGGCGUAAAAGAAUACAUCAAGCAUGCUUCGAAAGCACAAGGUGGAACAAUAUUGGUUAUUCCCGCUAUCUUGGUCGGAAUGACAACUUGGCAUGAUGUGGCGACCAAUGUAGUGGAGCUGCUAUACAGCAACAGCUUUGGGGGAAAAAUAAGCGUAAGGUGGAACCUGGGAUCAAUCAAUUUUAUACGGGAGAUGUGGGCUACUCACGUACGCGCUUUGGCACUCAGAAGGUCCCAUAAUGAGCAACCGAGAAGUCUUUUCGAGGAUGAGCACCUAGAAGAUAAGUUGAAAGAUGUCGACUUAGGAAGCAAGUAUAGAUAUGUUUGCUUAGAGGAUCCUCAUAUUGAAAUUCCACAGACGAGGGAUCUUGGGAACGCGACGCCGCCUAUAGAAUGGUUUGGCGUCAACCGAAAGCAUUUCCCAGGUAUGACGCACCAGGGAAUCAUUAUACCAUUGCAGAAUCUUGCUCAUUUGGCCGAAACCGAAUGGACCAGGAUAUUUGGUCGGGCCUGA